AUGGCAUCAAUACCGGAAAUCUACGGCAAGCCAGGCCACAACGGAGGCAGCCCUACACUCCUAGAAAAGCUCGACUUAGCACCUGCUCUCAUGUCAGUCUUUGGCACGGGAUUGUGGCAACUUCUCAGUGGCCCUUUUAGAGGCGAUCAGGGCAGUGAUACUUACAAGCACCAUAUAACCCACGCCUUUCUACGCAAGUUUACCGUUCGCUUAAACAGUAGACAGAUCCACUACCUCGCCCCGCCCCUUCGCACCUUGUACAAGCAGUACUGUGCUGCUCACGCGUCGACACCCAAUAUAGUGACCCUCAAGUCUGGAAUAGACGCGUUCUGGGUAGGGUCUCCCGACGCCAAGCAAGUGAUCAUUUACUUCCACGGUGGUGGCUUUUCAUUGGAUGGCGGUGCUGAACACCUCAACUAUUGGGGACAAGAUAUUGGCAAGCACCUCAACGACAAGACUCCUAACGCAGUCUCAUUUUUGUUUCUGGCAUACACUCUCGUCCCGUACGCUACAUACCCUACACAAAUUCGUGAAGCUGUGGAGGCUCUCGAAUAUCUCACCGGGAACCUCAAAAGAUCACCUUCUACCAUUUCCCUGGCCGGCGACUCGGCUGGAGGCAACAUGUGUUUAGCGGUUCUCUCUCAUCUUCUGCAUCCUCAUCCAGACCUUCCACUCCUCAAACUCGAUUCGCCCCUUAAGAGCUUGAUAUUGGUGGCUCCUUGGACGUCCUUUCGAACAGAUUUUCCUUCCGCCAAAACCAACGCCCAUCGAGAUAUCGUUUCUGUCGAAAUUUCAAGGAGAUGGUCCACAGCCUAUCUUGCCGGAGCCGCUUCGACGCCCUAUGCCGAAGCACUAGAUGUCGACGGUGACUGGUGGAAAGGGGCCGACACCCGUGUGGACCAGAUCCUCUGCGUGGUCGGCUCUGAUGAGCUGCUCCUCGACCCCAUCACCCAGUGGGUGGCGAAGUACAGGACGGCUACAUCCGAGGGACAUCUCGAAUUCGUUGUCGGUUAUCGCGAAAUUCACAUUGCCCCCCUAAUCGAACCUUUCCUUGCCGAUGCAGUCCCCACACAGCAGGGCGAAGCCAUCAAAUCCUUUUUGGAGGCAAGGUUAUAG